GGGCGCGGGCGGCGGCCCCUCCUCCAGGCGCAGGUAAAGGCGGCUGCGCCGAGCUCCUCAGGACGAGGAUUCGUCUGACGCGGCUCUAACCUGGCGUGUCAUUGCGUGGCGGAACCCCGGGACUGCCGCUCCACGUCCCCGUCGCUCCUAAGAGAUUAGUAUCUAAUGUUUGUAUAAGACAGAAGAAAAGGAUGUCAUUCCGUAAAGUGAGCAUCAUCAUCUGGGUCCUGGCUGUUGUUCUCUUCUUACUGGUUUUGCACCAUAACUUCCUCAGCUUGAGUAGUUUGCUAAGGAAUGACGUAACAGAUUCAGGAAUCCUGGGGCUUCAGCCCAUAGACUUUGCCACAGAUGUUCAUCAACAUCCAGUAAAUGGGAGACAAGAAGAGAUUCCCGUGGUCAUUGCUGCCUCUGAAGACAGGCUGGGUGGGACGAUUGCGGCCAUAAAUAGCGUUCAUCGGAACACUCGCUCCAAUGUGAUUUUUUACAUUGUUACCCUCAAUAGUACAGCAGACCAUCUCCGGUCCUGGCUUAACAGUGUUUCCCUGAAAAGCAUCAGGUACAAAAUUGUAAAUUUUGACACUAAACUUUUGGAAGGGAAAGUAAAGGAGGAUCCUGACCAGGGGGAGUCCUUGAAACCAUUAACCUUUGCAAGGUUCUACUUGCCAAUUCUGGUUCCCAGUGUAAAGAAAGCCAUAUACAUGGAUGAUGAUGUAAUUGUACAAGGUGACAUUCUUGCCUUGUAUAAUACACCACUGAAGCCAGGACAUGCUGCUGCAUUUUCAGAAGAUUGUGAUUCAGCUUCUACUAAAGUCAUUAUCCGUGGAGCAGGGAACCAAUACAAUUAUAUUGGCUAUCUUGACUAUAAAAAGGAAAGAAUUCGUAAGCUUUCCAUGAAAGCCAGCACCUGUUCCUUUAACCCUGGAGUUUUUGUUGCAAACUUGACUGAAUGGAAGAGACAGAAUGUAACUAACCAGCUGGAGAAAUGGAUGAAACUUAAUGUAGAAGAGGGACUGUACAGUAGAACUCUGGCUGGCAGCAUCACCACACCUCCUCUGCUUAUUGUGUUUUAUCAACAACAUUCCACCAUUGACCCUAUGUGGAACGUCAGACACCUUGGUUCCAGUGCUGGAAAGCGGUAUUCACCCCAGUUUGUAAAGGCUGCCAAGUUACUUCACUGGAAUGGCCACUUCAAGCCUUGGGGAAGAGCUGCUUCAUAUGCUGAUAUGUGGGAAAAAUGGUAUGUUCCAGACCCAACAGGCAAAUUCAGCUUAAUCCGAAGACACAUGGAUGCCUCAAACAUAAAGUGAACUAGAAUUUAAGCUUAAAUACACCACUCAGGAAAUCCUGGAAGACACAUGUGGGAAGUUAACAGUGUUGGGCUUGAGUCUCUCUGUAGCAACCCACAGAAAAGGGGUGUUUCAGCUGGGCAGAGAUGACAAAUUGCUUCCUUGGCAGUCAGCUUCCCAGAUGACUACAAAUGUCUCCAUCUGCCUUACCAAAUGCUUGCUUACUACAUUGUUGACUGACCUGAAGGACAGACUGAUAAAACCAGCACUAGUUCAUCUACCUGCUGCAGUUAGGAACUGCAGCUUGGUUUUAAUUUUGUAACCUGUGGCUCAGUUUGUAAAUAAAAUGUUCUCUAAUAAAUCUCUUUGCUUCCAGAGAACAGAUUCUCUACAUUCAAUAUAUGGAAUGUAAAUACUGCUGCUCUUCUAGAGUUCAGUUUUUAUCACAUCAGGUCACAAUGGGAUUAUUCUAGUUCGAGAUCCAAUGCAGUCCUCUAGAGCCUCCAUCCCAUUGCAUAUAGGCUACCCCUCUUUCCCCCACACAUUUUUUUGGAGACAGUUUCCCUGUGUAGACCAGGCUAGCCUUGAGCUCAUAGAGAUCUGCCUGUCUCUGCCUCUCAAGUGCUGGGUGGGAUUAAAGGCGUGUGCAUCACAUGCCUGGCCAUAAAUAAAUCUUAAACACAAAUGCAUGUAAGCACACUUUUGUAGUUUUUAUAUACAUACAUAUAUGAUACAUAUUCACAAGAUUUACAGUUUGUGUCAAACCAGUCUGGGACACUGUACA